CCUCUUGUGGCAGCUCACGGUAAGGUUCACAGGCGGAGUUACAAAUGUAGGCGCCUUUUUGCGCUGGUGAAGGAGCUCCUUUUGUUUUUAUUCCGUUCAUUUUUCAUAUCCAAUAUGGCUAUGCACGCUAAAGCAACGCCGCCUCAGAUCCCGGACACACGUCGGGAACUGACAGAACUGGUGAAGAGGAAACAAGAACUUGCGGAGACACUGGCAAACUUGGAGCGGCAGAUCUAUGCGUUUGAGGGGAGUUACCUGGAAGACACUCAGAUGUACGGGAACAUCAUCCGAGGAUGGGAUCGUUACCUUACCAACCAAAAAAACUCCAACAGCAAGAAUGACAGAAGAAACAGAAAGUUCAAAGAGGCGGAACGUCUUUUCAGUAAAUCGUCGGUCACUUCUGUUGCGGCUGUCAGUGCUUUAGGGGGGAUACAGGACCAGCUAAUUGAAAAACGUGAGCCGGGCAGCGGCACAGAGAGCGAUAACUCGCCCGACUUCCAGAACCAGGAGAACGAGCCGAGCCAGGAGGACACCGAGGACCCCGACGGAGCCCUGCAGGGGAUGAAGCCUCAGAAAGCGGCCUCCUCUUCCUCGGGUAGUCACCACGGAAGCCACAAGAAACGGAAAAACAAGAACCGGCACAGCCCGUCUGGCAUGUUUGAUUAUGACUUUGAAAUUGACCUGAAGAUGAACAAAAAACCGAGAACCGACUACUAGGCCACCUGACAACCUGUGAGACGACAAGAGAAGGGAUUCCACCCCAGGGGGGUUGGGGUUGGUGGGGGGGGGGGGGGGGGGGGGGGGGGGGGGGGGUGGUCGGCGGGGGGCGUGCUGGGCAUGGUUCAGCUCCGGCCAGCAGCACCCCUGUACAGGCACAAACUUCUCCGUUAGAAAAAUACUCAUUGAAAGUGCUUCACUGUCUGCCCCUCCACCCACCAAACCCAUUGACUCCCCCCUCCAACCCCCCCCCCCCCCC